AAGUCAUUUAACGCCAGUGAACACAGAACCAAACAGAAACUGUACUGAAUACAGGACGUUACGUGACCUACAGCUUAAAAAUCUACAGAAAAUCAGAUCAUCUACCCGCGAUUGGCUUGUCUGUUAGACCUUCUUCCUCUUCUUCCGUUUUUCUGCGGUUCCGCCUCAAGUCCGGAGAACUGAACUCUGAAUGAUUUGCCACAGUCAGAAAAACUUCACAGAAAUCCACAUCUAACAUCUGAGGCUAUGAGUUGCUUUGAAAACGUUUUAAAGAAGAUGGAAAAGACUGAUUCGGGGCAGAGAUGGUCAGAGAUGGGAGCAGGAACCAAAGGAAAGACAAUAAAGGAAGAGGAAAAGCAGCCUUCACUGAUCCAAAGAGUGGAAACGAUGGCGUCUGUCACAGAGCUGCUUCUGGAAACACUGGCUGAUCUCAGUGACAGGGAGCUUCAUAUUUUCAAAGAUGUCUUCCGUGGAUUUCACAUCCACUGUCAUAAGUCACCUGAAAUGCUGUCACUCCAGAGAGCAGACAAACAGAACGUCGUGUUUUUAAUGGUCCAGACCUACGGCCAAAUGUCUGUGGAGAAAAUCAGUAGGAUUUUAAGGAAGAUGAGUAGGACUGAUCUGGUGCAGAGGUUGUCAGACAGCAACUCAGGACCCAAAAAAAAACUCCCUGUGGAUGAACAUCUGUCUGCACUGAUCCACAAAGUGGCAACUGUGGCAGCUGUUAAAGAUCUGCUUUUGGAAACACUCAAUGAUUUGAGCCACAAGGAGCAAGAAAGCUUCAAGUGGUUUCUACAGUUCAGUCUCUUCCAGAGGAGCCGUCCAUAUAUCUCAUGGAGACAACUACAGAGGGUAUACAGUCGAAGCGAUAUGGUAGAUGUGGUGGUGGACAUGUGUGGUCAACAGUCUGUGGAGGUGAUGAAGGAGGUUCUCAUGGACAUGAACAGGACUGAUCUGGUGCAGAGGCUGUCAGAGGUCAGCCCAGGAUCCAAAGUUGUCAUUAAAUGUGUUGCAGCUGCAGGAUCAUCAGCUGAAGCAUCUGUUGUGAACACCGAGGAGGGAGAGAAACAAUCUUUGGAUGAACGUUGGCCUGCACUGAAGCAGAAAGUGGAAACGAUGGCGUCUGUCACAGAGCUGCUUCUGGAAACACUGGCUGAUCUCAGUGACAGGGAGCUUCGGAUUUUCAAAGAUGUCCUCCUUCGAUUUCACAUCCGCCAUCAGGACUCAGUCAUCCCAGUAAUGUUGCCAUGGGAGACAUCAGAAGACAUUGUGUUUUUAAUGGUCCAGACCUACGGCCAAAAGUCUGUGGAGAAAACCAAGGAGAUUUUAAAGAAGAUGAGCAGGACUGAUCUGGUCCAGAGAUUGUCAGACAGCAACUCAGGACCCCAAAAAAAACUCCCUGUGGAUGAACAUCUGUCUGCACUGAUCCACAAAGUGGCGACCCUGAGGGCUGUUAAAGAUCUGCUUUUGGAAACACUCAAUGAUUUGAGCCACAAGGAGCAAGAAAGCUUCAAGUGGUUUCUACAGUUCAGGUUCUUCCAGAGGAGCCGUCCACAGAUCUCAUGGAGACAACUACAGAGGGUAGACAGUGGAAGCAAUAUGGUAGAUGUGGUGGUGGACAUGUGUGGUCAACAGUCUGUGGAGGUGAUGAAGGAGGUUCUCAUGGACAUGAAGAGGACUGAUCUGGUGCAGAGGCUGUCAGAGCUCUGCCCAGGAUCCAAAGUUGUCAUUAAAUGUGUUGCAGCUGCAGGAUCAUCAGCUGAAGAAUCUGGUGUGAACACCGAGGAGGGAGAGAAACAAUCUUUGGAUGAACGUUGGCCUGCACUGAAGCAGAAAGUGGAAACGAUGGCGUCUGUCACAGAGCUGCUUCUGGAAACACUGAAAGAUGCUGCAACACUUAGUUUCAGGGAUGCCCUCCUAUUUCAAACUGAUUUAUACAGAUACUUCCCAAACCUCCCCUCUUUUCUGCUGAAGAAAAGAGAUGUGCAGGACAUGAUGUUUAUAAUGGUGCUGAUGUACGGCCAACAGUCCGUGGAGAUGAUAAAUCAGGUCUUAAAGAAGUUGAACAAGACUGACCUGGUGCAGAAGUUGUCAGACAGCAGCUCAGGACUCCAAAGAAAAAAGGAAAGCUCUGCAGGUGAACGCCACUCUGCACUGAUCCAGAGAGUAGCAACAAUAGCAGCUGUUAAAGAGGUGCUUUUGGAAACCCUGAAUAAUUUGAGCAUCGAGGAGCUCAAGAAAUUCAAGGACCUCUUGCGGUCAAUUGCCUCUCACAAGGACCUUCCAAAUAUGCUGCCGAGUUACAUGACAGACAGAGCGAAAGUAGCGUUUCUGAUGGUCCAAACCUACGGCCAGCAGUCUGUGUGGUUAACAAGGGAGGUUAUCAUGGAAAUGAAAUUGCCUGCUCUGGUUCAGAGGUUGGCCAUGCCCAGCUCAGGAUUCCAAGAGAAAACCUCUGUGGGUGAACAUCGAGCUGCACCGUCUGAGAGCACAAAAGCCGCUGUUAAAAAGAUUCUUUUAAAAACACUCAGUGAUUUGAGUCACAAGGGGCUUGAAAAAUUCAAGUGGUUGCUGCAGUUCGCGUACUUCCAGAGGAGCCUCCCACAAAUCCCACUUAGCCUACUGUGCAGUGCAGACAGGGCAGACCUUCUAGUGGAUCUGAUGGUGGAGAACCAGCAGGCUGUGGAGGUGACCAAGGAGGUUCUCAUGGACAUGAACAGGACUGAUCUGGUGCAGAGGCUGUCAGAGUCCAGCCCAAGACCCAAAGGGCCUUCAGGAAGCUUGGAGCCUGAGGCUUGUGGAAGAGUUAAGGACUCGAGCGACUGGACUAAACUUGAACCUGAAGUCAGCAGCACAGGUGCAGAUGAGACUCCAACUUACAGCCUGCAGUCUGAAGCAGGACGCUUUGAAUGCAGCGUCUCUGGCUUGCGUUGGGUCUGUGAGGCAAAGAUAAGCUUUAAGUAUCAGUUCUGCUCUUGGGAGGAACCCAUGGAGAGGAUGGAAAGCCUCAGAUACAUGCCUGCAGGUCCCCUAAUGGACAUCACAGUCACUACUGGGAAGUUAGAUGAAGUGUACCUGCCACACUGGAUCUUCAUAGAAGACGACCCUAAGAUAUCCGACAAGUUUGCAGUCCUGCACAUCGACGACUGUGGGGAUGUUGUGGAAAAAGUGUCUGAGGUCACAGCUUCCUACGUCAAGUUAUCCGAACCAGUUUUUUCUCCCGAAGCAGUACUGAUUAAAGCUGGUUUUCCUGUGAAAAUAAGCUGUAACGUUUUAAUAUAUUAUAAACCAAACACACCGUUCCUCAAACUCCACGUUUUUCUGAUCCCACAUGAUCAUCACCUCCAACAGACAGUGGACAAGAAGAAAUCCUCUGAAGGAUAUCACAAAAUCCAAAAGCCACGUCCAGACAAAUACCUGAAAAUGCAGCAUCGAUUCAGCCUCACAGCAGACAAAGCCUCAGCAAAAAUUCUCCCAGAGAAAAUGAUCCUCAGAUAUGAUAGCCAAGAUCCAAACUUCUAUGAAGUUUUCAUUAAGAAUCCAGACACAGAAUUCCACUUCACGCUCUUGCACACAAACUCAGGUGAACCAGUAUGGACCUGUGAGAUUCGAAGAGAUGACUAUCAAACCGCUGUUCAUUUAGAAGAGGACUCCCACUCAGUGGAUGAAAUCCUGACUGUCCCGAUUCAGAACGCAACAAUCACGACAGAUAAGGAGAAGAUUUUGAAAACACUGGGAGAUUUGAAACAGGACGAGGUCAAGGGAUUCAAGUGGUUCCUGCAGGACAUUAACAUCAUGGCAGGUUUCCCACACAUCCCACGCAGCCGACUGGAAGGUGGAGACAUCUAUGACCUGGUGGAUCUGGUGUUGCAGACCUACAACCAGCAGUCUGUGGAGGUGACCAAGACGCUUUUAAAGAAAAUAAACAGGAAUGAUCUGGUACAGAUGUUGUAAGACGCCAAGACGCAAGACGCUUACCGACCUGCAGGCAGAUCGGUUAGCCUGAAUUUCAAAUUGGAAUCACUUAAAGAGACAAAUGAAUGGGAUCAUCAGUAGAGAGGCAGGCGCCCUGCAAACCUCUAAAAAGAUUAAAAACUGGUCACAUAAACUUUCUGUGAUCUUACAGUCCUUUUUUUUUUAAUUCGCUCAUUGUGAAGAGUCACUAGCGUGGCUGUAGACUUCACAGCAUAUUUUGAUGUUUUGUUGUUUUUUUUCGCUUCUUUUUCAGUAUAUUUUCUUAUGAGCAGCUGUCACUCGUGUUAUUUACUUUUCCUCCUUUGAAACACUGUGUGGAUGAACAUCAGUCUGCACAAGUCCAGAAAGUGGAUGAACUCUUCUGUCUCACUUCACCCGACACAGCUUUCAGUCAACAGAGUGGGGCUGAAAAUCAUCUUCACCUUGAACUGAUGAAAUACGAACCAAAAUUCAGAAUUUUCAUUGUUGGUGAAGCAGUCGCAGACUUGAGGCUGUACUCGUAAUCUCUUCAGUGAGAAUACUUAACUGUUUUCCUCAAUAAAAUAACAACACUACGAUCUCUAGCACUGAGAAGCACCGAGAAAGACAAGAGGAAAUUAUUUAAAUCUCAAACUUAAAUUGGUGCUACGUGACCAGAGAAAACAGAAAAAAGGGCUGAGGGAUUCACUUGUGCUCACCUCCAACAGCAAAUGAGCCGAGCAGAGAGCCAGGGAACACAGAGCGAAAUUAAAGAUAAGAUAAGAACUUUAUUGAUCCCGCAGGAAAUUGUUGUACCAGGGUUGCAGUACCAAGAGGCAAACGAAAGUGUCAGGUAAUCACACAAAAUAUAAAAUAACAGAGUAAUAUAAAAAUAACUGAGUACUAUAAAAAAAUAACAGAGUAUAUACAUGACAUAGAUAAUGGCGGAUAAGGUGCAGAUACAAUCUUAAAGUGUAGAUAGUGCAGGAUAAAUUAUUAUUGUCCUUUGUGGGGAAAAGGGAUGAGCUGAAGAGUUUGAUAGCCACAGGGAGGAAGGACUUCCUGUGGCGUUCUGUGGAGCAACUCGGUGGUCUAACAUCGAUUAUUUGCAUGUACUACUCAGAUUGUGAUGAUGCAAAGCUGACUGAGAAGCUGCCAAGUUUCCCUUUAAGGUUCAAAGGUGUAAAGGGGGCUAAAGGGAAUCAUCCUUUGCUCUGAGGAUGUUGGAGUUCAAGUAUUCGUGUUUCGUGUGAAAAUGGAAGAAAUUAGUCCGAAAAACUUCACAAGAGUCCACAGAACAUCUGAUCUGCUAGUCAAGUGACGUUUGGAUUGAGGUGUCAAGGAGAAGAGCUAAAAGACACACAAGGAGGUUCACUCCUGUGAGACUCUGAGAUCUUUGAUUAUUAUGCCUUUACAUUUUUUUAGAAAAAUCUUUUUAUUCUGUUUUGUUAAAUUGCAUCUUAAUUUUGUCUUGAAUUUCAUUUUAUUAUCUUAAAAUCAUAUUUGUUGUUACGUACAGGCAGGUGUGUGUGUGUGUGUGAUCCACUCUAGGAGCUUGCACCUCCUGUUGACAGAACAGGAGGUGCAAGCUCCUAGAGUGGAUCCACCUGUGUAGCCAGGCUGUGCUGCUGAUUGGUUCAUUGAAGCUUAAAGCUGGCCAAUCAUCAUUCAGGGUCCUCUGUAUAUAAAAGCCAGCACACCUGCAUGCUCUCUCUCAGGAUUUUUUAAAUUUUUUUUGUCUGUUGGCCUGUGAGGCUUGUGUUUACUUGGCAAAUUAAGGUAAAGGCAUGUGGUGGGAGAUUGUGGUAACUUGGUAAGUUUGGGGUACCCUACACUUUUUUGCUGCACAUAGAAGUUAUUUGUCUACAUACGCGAGGUUUAUUGGUUGGUGCCACCCACUAUGUUUAAUUCAUUUAAGUUUCUUUUUAGAUAAGAGAGGUAGGCCUUUUGUUUGUUCUUUUCUCGCAAUCAGUAGUCAGAAGUCAGGCCUUGUUUUAUUGCACUGUUUUUGAUUAUUUUGGCACAACCACACAGUUCCCAUCUCUCCCCCCACAUUCCUUUUGGUUUAAAUGUGUGUUAAGUUUAGUUUGCUGUAAAAAUAAAAAGUUUUUAUUUUCUCCACCA